GGAAGUUUUGAAUAUCCUUUUUACUACUCGAGGUUUGUGUGAUGUUUAAUCUUCCCCUAAUGGGGAUUUUUCACCUCUUUUUAACCUCUAAGACAUCCUGUCUAAGGAAUACUUCACUGCCACCCCCAUCCUCCCCCCAACCCCGCGGCUUUUCUUUUCUCAGUCCUGACCUAAGGAAUGCUUUACCGCUCCUGCUGUUUCUCUUACCUUGGUAUGUGUCCCAACCAAGGAAUGCUUUAUGGCCCCGCUUUAGUCCUGACUAAGGAAUGCUUUACUGGCUCCUCCAGUGUUUCCUUCCUUGGCUCAUGCAUGAGGUCACCCGGUCCACGUGGUAUGUGAGGAUCCUUUACUCCAGGUCGCGGCCAGUUUCUUUCUGCGUUGCUGAGAGUCCGGGUUUAUUCAUCACACCAGUAACAAGUGACUUGAAUUUCAAGUGAUUAUCAUAUAAUUGGAGGAUUAGAAAAGAGACACCAACUCUGGAACCAGUUCAAUGGAAUUCUUCAAGAGACUAUAACUUAGUGCUUACAAAGACUUGGAAUGAUCUACACUGCAUGGUGUACCUGUUAGAGGAGGUGACAUCAAAGCUUUAGGUACUGAGAGAGGAUACCUCCUACUGUGGAAGGGGAGAAAAGAAAAAAGCAAAGAGAGGAAGUCCCUGUACCCUGUGGAGGAAGAGAGGCCUUGAUGUGUACCCUGUGGAGGAAGAGAGGCCUUGAUGGAGAGAACCCAGAGGCCAAAGGCCAGCACCACCUGCUUGGCAUCGACUACUUCUUGGAAGAGCAGUGGAGAGAAAAAUAUUGUUUCUUUUUCUUGGGAAAUUGGCAGAGACAUGCUGAAGAAAUCAGCUACAGCUGUUCUCCACACCUGGAUAAAUUUUUAAUAAGAACUUAACACACCCGCCCUCCAGAAAGGGUGGUCUGUGGUGUCGAUGGUGUUGUCUCUCCCAGGGCUCUUCUGGGCAGCUUUCUCUGUGACCUGGAGAGCGAAGAGUCUAUUUCCAUCACAUUUCAGCUGCCAAACUCCCCUUUAAACGAUGGAUGAAAAUUAUAACCUCUUGCCUCACGGAGUCAAUUUCCAAGAUGCCAUCUUCCCAGACACUCAAGAGAACAGAAGGAUGUUUUCUAGCCUUUUCCAGUUUUCAAACUGUUCGCAAGGGCAGCAGCUGGCGACUUUCUCCAGUGACUGGGAAAUCCAGGAAGACAAUAGGCUCAUGUGCUCCUCGGUGCAGAAGGCCUUGUUUGAGGAGGAGGACCACGUCAAGAAACUGCAGCAGAAAGUGGCCACCCUGGAGAAGCGCAACCGGCAGCUCCGGGAGCGAGUGAAGAAGGUCAAGAGGUCCUUGCGGCAGGCGCGUAAGAAGGGCCGCCACCUGGAGCUGGCGAACCAGAAACUCAGUGAGAAGCUGGCGGCGGGCGCGCUGCCGCACAUCAACGCCCGGGGGCCCGUGCGCGCCCCCUACCUGCGGGGGUAACGGGCCUGGGGGCUGCCAGGUGUGCAGGGCCAAUCCUGGCGGUAAUUGAGAAUGAGUGAGGUUUUGUACAUGCAGCUAUUUCAAGGGUUGUAGGAGUUUUUGUUUUUAAUCACGCAUUUGGUAGAGUCUAAAUGGAUAAAAUGCAAGGCUUGCUUUCCCCUUGGGUGCUGGCCUCAAUGUCAGACCCCACGCGCUGCCCCUUCCUGGCCUGACCCCAGACGCAGUGCCUGGCAUUCCAGAGGCAGCGGGAUCCCUGAGUGCUGAAUGCUCGCCUGCAGAGCAGCCCAGAAAGAGCCCUGACUGGGGAGAGAACAUUUUAGAAUCUCUAGUGUAAAAGGCAUCAACGUGCUUAGCCUUUAUUUCAGAAAAAAAUCAGGGUGGUUCCCCGCUCCCCAGUCCAGGACAACCAUUAGUCCUGAUGAGUGAGCUGACGCUGGUGCUGGAACCUGCUGGCACCUCACUGGCCACAUCUUUGGAAGGGGAUGGUGGCCUUGCAUCCAAGAUGCCUGAAAAUCAACACAUGCAGGGCCUCCCUAUCCAGCCAGCAUUUUCCUUCCAGCUGAGGCAGGUGAAGACUUCAUAAGCUCAGCACAGGGGAGGGAAUUAGGAGCAGGGCAGCAGGUAAUUAAACAAGAUAAAUUAUACCUGAUUUCCAACACCAGCUACAAAGAGUUGAAGAUGAUACCUAUGGGUCGCCUUAACACAGGGGGCAACUGCCUUGAUCGGCCUGCCAUGGGUCAUCAGACUGCUUCCUAAAUUGAGAGAAACUGAGCAAUCUCUCAGCCACUGCUAUAGUCUAACUUCUUGUUUGCUCAGUAAUUGUUUCUAAUGUCUCUGAAUUCAAAGUGAGGUGCUCCAAGACGCUGUGAACUUCUGCAAAGACACCUCCUUACCUAUUGGGAUCACGUGACCUGACCUCACUCCCAGCCAGGCUCCCAAAGGGCUCAUUCCAGCGAUUCCAAUCUCUUCUUCUUUAUGCAAACACUUUCCCCCACAACAAGCAUUGUUUGUUCCGAUAGGAAUACAUGUACGUCAGUGCACUUGUCCUUACGUCAGUUCCUUACACCACCAAAGCACUUCACCUUUCUGGAAAUAAAACUUUUAAGACACUACUAUAAGUAAAAAUGAGAGUAUUCACUAGACUUAUUGCUCAGGCACAUUUGAGUGGGUCCCAGCUGUGUGAUUAAGAAGUCAACUGAGUGGCCUUUUCUGGGUUAUCUUCUGAUCAUGGCCUUUCAACCCAACAAGGGCCCUUCCCUGCUCUUCCACCAAUAAAGGAUCUGCCCCCCAGACACUGCAGGGCCUGGUGAUGCUGUCCUCUGUACCGGAAAUGGCAGGCACUGUCAGAUUUCCACUCUUCUGCCUUUAGGAAAGCUGGGUGCUUCUUGCUCUGACAGCCAGUCUGGGGAGAUGACUCUUACGUUGCUUGAGUCUUGGUGGCAGGCUGCUGUCCAAGGGGGAGAAGUCUCUGCUCUGGACUGGACAGAAGAGAGACUUUUACCCUGGGGCACUCACACGGCCAAGCUUCUGCCACCACUUCAUUAGCUGUAUUCUCCACAGUAUGGUGAAAUAGCAGGUGCGUCUUCUAGUUUAUUCCUCCUGGGGACAUUUCCUCAAAGCAGUUUUGCGCCCCCGCAAGGGAAUGGUCAGCCUAAGGGUAAUGUACAACCCGUGCUUGGAGAACCAUGGAAGCUGCACCCCUACAGGUGCAUACUGUUCUGCUUUUCCAAUAAAUACGAGCGGCGAUUUCAACCACAA